AUGUGUUGUUCAGAUAAAGAACCUAAUUUUUUUAGAGAAGGCAUUCUAAAUUCAUGGGAACUAGUAGAAAAAGAAAAUAAAUACAACAAAGUUUUUUUCAGCAAUAAAUAUUUAUGUACUAUUUGUGAACAUGAUAUUGAUGUUUGUAAUGAUGCUACUUCUAUAAAAUCUCAUUUAAUGAGCUCUAUUCAUAAAAAUAAUUUAUCAUUAGUAGAUGUAUCACAUAGAUAUUAUUGUCAUCCAUGCAAUUUUAUAAUGCAAGAUGAAAUUUGGUAUGAAGUUCACAAAUUACACUCAUGGCACAAUGAAAGACUAAUUGAUUAUCAGAAAACUGCCAAUGUUGAUUUAGAGUUUGAGGAAUCUGAGUGUGAAGAUUGUGGAGUAAUAUCAUUUGGGUUUAAAGAAAUGCUACCAGAGCAUAUACAUAGUACAUUUAAAUUAAAAAAUCCAUGUGAUCAGGAAAAGGUAUCCUGUUCAGACUGCAAUAGAAGUAUUCCUUUUUCGUCAAAUUAUGUUGUGAUUCACUUGGGAGAAGAUACUGAAGAUUUUGGUAUGCAGUUUUCUGAAGCAUUGCAAGAAUUAAAUCAAAAACGAUUUGUUGAAUUUGAAUAUAUAGGAAGUAAGGAAGUGAAUCAAUCUGGUAGUUUGGUCAUUAAAUUAGAGUGUUUAGAAGAAUAUGUAAAUGUUGAACUACCCUUGUUAGACAAGAUCCAUAUUGGUAUGGACAUAGUACAGUUAUGGAAAUCUGGGAAACUAACAGGAAUAUUUACAGUUAAAAAUAAAAUAUCUCAAUUGCUCUAG